AAGGGUUCACAAACUUUCAAGCACCACUGUAUAUUUGUUCAGCGACAUAUUACCUGAACAUAUUACAUGAGCAGAGCGUUAUUUGGAGGCAGCUAUUGCAGUUCGCGCAGCCAAUCAAAAUGGCGUAAAAAAUAAUUUGAAUGAUAAAUAAUAUCGACAAGGAGUCCAGAUGUAACAUGAUGCUUUUGUAAAUAUUGAACAACAGACAUUAAUGCACAGUACGCAGGAAUUACAGGUACACGACUCUAAACACCUGUAAACUCCUGACUAUAAUACUGUAUAAAGCAGCAUGACAUGCAUUUAAUUCAUACAACAACAAGUCUGUUAUUUUUGUGGUAUCAUUUGACAUUUUAUGCACAUAUUAAAUUAUUUUUCAUUAUUCUAAUUCAACAUUUAAAUAAUAUUGUCUGGCUUUUUUUCAUGGUCUAUCAGAUAUACAGUAUUCCAUUCAGCGAGCAUGAUACUGAACGAGUCGAAGACGAGUAGCUGAAUGGAAUAUAUCUGAUAGACCACGAAAAAAAGCCUAAUAAUAAUAAUAAUAAUAAUAAUAAUAAUAAUGUUGUUGUUGUUGUUGUUAUUAUUAUUAUUAUUAUUAUUAUUAUUAAUCAUACAUAUUCCUUUCGGGUGUUCAACGCGUCUUUCUCUUUCAAAAUUCUCUCAAAAUCUUCCGUAAUUAAUGACGCAAACCUGGCGGCCAUGUUUGUUUACAAAUUGUCACAGUCACUCACUAGCACGGAAGUUUUACGUCUCUGAUGUGUCUCUUUUCCAGUUUUUCCAUGUCUGUUGGUCUGUUUUUCUCUUUUAAAUAUGUGUGAACAAUAUUUAAUGAAGGUUUGGUCACCUUUCAGUUGUUCAGCGUGUCUUUAUUUUCAGUUUUCAGUUUAUUUAUUUAAUGCUUAAACCUAGCACUGGAUUAGCCUCGUCUUCUCUCUUUCCCGGCCGACAAAGAAAUGAUGUUCCAUGCACAGCAGAAAAGUUUUGUCAUUGGAUCUUCGCAUGAGUGUCGACGUAUGAGGUCAUGUUGUCUUGACAACCGUGCAAUAUCAUAAACCAUAUUCAACACUCAUUCUCACUUGGGUAGAGUGACGUAAUACAUGUAGAAUAAGUGCUCUGCUAACAAUAUUGCAUGCUCUCGAACCGAAUGAAUGAAACCCGCUAGAAGGGAAUAGAACACAUUCUUAUUCCAUCAAAAAAAGUGUCCUGUAUGGAUAAUAAUUAAUUUUAAUGUAUUUUUCCCUGACUUAUGUACCCUUGCCUGGGUUUACUCAGUUUGUUAUUACAAUUUUAUAUUAAUUACACAUUAUUACAACUGACAUUUCUAGAGGUAAAGAUCGAAUCUUUGUCUUGAAUGAUAAAUUAAAAAAACUCCGUGUGGCAGCAGGGGCGUGGCCAAGCGCCGGUCUGUGACAGGAGGGCGGAGUCAGGGAAGGUAAGUGGCAGAAUCACUACACCUGUUGUCAAUUAACCUGUGUUUGUGUCUUCCCAGUGACUGCGCCCUAUAAAGAGAGAGAGAGCAGAGGAAGGGAGCUCUCUCUCCCCAGCCAGAUGACUUGUGUGUGUGUGUGUGCGUGCAUGGCUGAGAGAGUCUCGUUUGCAUCUGAAAAGAGCAAAAAUAAACAGUGAUUGAACUUUAUUCUGGCCUGCCGUCUUUCUGUGCUCCUCCCCCUCGUACGAACUGCUACAGUGGUGCUGAAACCCGGGACCUGGAGCACAGCAGCCUAACAGCCCCAUGGAGUCUUUCCCGUUCGCCGAACUGGUCCACGCCCUCGCCACGGCCCAGUAAAGCCGGCACCAGGCGCUACUCACCCUCCGAAAGGAGCAAGAACAGCUGUUUGAGGCCCUGGUGUUGGCCCAACAAGAAGAUCGACAGGCGUUCCCGCACCUCCUCGCAUCGGCGGGGUCCACCAACGCUCCCACCGCGGGCCCGUCCCCCCUCACCCUAACAAAGAUGGGCCCGCAGGACGACCCCGAGGCAUUCAUCAUGCUCUUCGAGCAAGUCGUGGAAACCUCGCGGUGGCCGAUGGAGCAGCAUGCGGUGCGCCUCCUCCCCCUGCUAACGGGAGAGGCACAGCUGGCUGCGCUACAGCUCCCCGCCGACUGCCGGCUGGCCUACGCAGACCUUCGCCGGGCCAUCCUCCAGCGCGUGGGGCGCACCCCGGAACAGCAGCGGCAGCGCUUCCACGCUUUGUGCUUGGAGGAAGUUGGCUGGACGUUCACGUUCGGCCAGCAACUCUGGGACGCCUGCUGGCAGUGGUUGAAGGCCGACAACCGCGACGCCGAGGGGAUCAUCGACCAGGUGGUGCUGGAGCAAUUCCUCGCACGCUUGCCAGCGGGAACCGCGGAGUGGGUCCAGUGCCACCGCCCGGCGUCGCUGGAUCAGGCAGUCGAGCUGGCGGAGGACCAUAUGGCGGCUGUCUCGGUGGCAGGACAGCAGACAGCCUCUUCUCUUCUCUCCUCUUCUCUCUCUCUCUCCCCCUCUCCUCCUGUGUCUCAUCCUCACCCCGUUCCCCCACCGCGGAGGCGGGGGCCGGCGCCACCUGUGCCAGCCCGCCGCACCCGCGGUGCCCUCCAGUUUCUCCCUUCUGUGUCUGUCUCUCCCCCCCCUCAGAUGAGUGAGCCCCAGAACACUGGUGCGGAGAGGAAGCCCGGGCCGGUUUGCUGGAGCUGCGGGGAGCCGGGCCACCUCCAACAACAGUGCAUGGUCAUGGAGGUGGGCGCGGUGGUUCGGAUCCCCGACGUGCCAGGAGCCACCCUCGAUUGGGCCGGAGCAUAUCGCAUACUGACCGAUGCAUCGGACAGAGGGUUGGGGGCGGUUUUGUCCCAGGAGGUGGAGGGGGAGGACCGCCCAGUCCUAUACAUCAGCAGGAAGCUGUCAGUGCGUGAGGGGCGCUACAACAACAUAGAGAAAGAGUGCCUGGCAAUCAACUGGGUGGUCCUUGCCCUCCGUUACUACCUGCUGGGGCGCCCUUUCACUCUCUGUUCAGACCAUGCGCCCCUCCAGUGGCUCCACCGCAUGAAGGAUGCCAACGCGCAGAUCACCCGUUGGUAUGUGGCACUCCAACCCUUUAAUUAAUUUCAAGGUGGUCCACAGGCUGGGGGUGCAGAUGGUCGUGGCGGACUUCCUCU